UAAAGAAAAGAUUUUUGCACCAAGUGAAGCUAACGUAGAUGUGACCUCCACAAAAUGAUAGAAUUUCUUGCCUUUGAAAGUGUGAUUUAAAGAUAGUUUUGACUUUAUUCUAGAGUUGAGGUUGGAUCAUAGAUGAAUACAACAAUGGCAGGUGCACAACAGGUGUUUGAGACGCAGCCCCAGCAGGCUAAGUUUGUCUACAUAUCAGAUCGCCAUCCCAAAGACACUCUUGAAAUGACGAACAUUCUCCGCAAGCAGCGCGAGCUCUGCGACGUCGUCAUCAACGUGAAUGACAAGAAGAUCUAUGCCCACAGGAUAAUCCUGUCAGCCUGCAGCCCUUACUUUCGAGCCAUGUUCACCGGGGAGCUUGCAGAGAGCCGGCAGACGGAGGUCGCCAUCAGGGACAUUGACGAGCGUGCAAUGGAAUCAUUGGUGGACUUUGCGUACACGUCCACGGUGACUGUCGAGGAGAGCAAUGUACAGACUCUGCUUCCUGCAGCGUGUCUUCUGCAGCUGUCUGAAAUCCAGGAAGCUUGCUGCGAGUUUCUAAAGAGGCAGCUUGAUCCGUCCAACUGUCUCGGAAUCAGAGCCUUCGCAGACACACAUGCCUGUAGGGAUCUGCUCAGAGUCGCCGACAAGUUCACUCAACAUAAGUUUCUGCAGGUCAUGGAAAGUGAGGAGUUCAUGCUGCUACCAGUCAAUCAACUCAUGGAGAUCAUUUCUAGUGAUGAAUUGAAUGUACACAGUGAAGAGCAGGUUUAUAAUGCAAUCAUCUCAUGGGUCAAAUAUAACAUUCCAGAGAGAAGAACACACUUAGCCGAGGUCUUACAACAUGUGCGGCUCCCUCUACUGAACCCCAAGUUCCUGGUAGGGACAGUAAGCUCUGACCUGUUGAUCCGGAGUGAUGAGGCCUGUAGGGACCUGGUGGACGAGGCUAAGAACUAUCUACUCUUACCUCAGGAGAGACCCCUGAUGCAGGGUCCUAGGACCAGGCCUAGGAAACCAAUACGGUGUGGAGAAGUGCUCUUUGCAGUUGGAGGUUGGUGCAGCGGUGAUGCUAUCUCUAGCGUCGAGAGGUUCGAUCCACAGAGCGGUGAAUGGAGGAUGGUAGCACCCAUGUGUAAGAGACGGUGUGGUGUGGGAAUCGCUGUGCUAGAUGACCUCUUGUAUGCAGUCGGAGGUCAUGACGGGUCAUCGUAUCUGAAUAGCAUCGAGAGAUAUGACCCUCAGACAAACCAAUGGAGCAGUGAUGUUGCGCCGACGAGCACAUGUCGGACGAGUGUGGGCGUGGCAGUCUUGGACGGUUACAUGUAUGCUGUAGGUGGCCAAGAUGGCGUAUCAUGUCUCAACAUUGUAGAAAGAUAUGAACCACACGCGAACCGUUGGACAAGAGUAGCUUCUAUGAGUACCAGAAGGCUAGGAGUGGCUGUAGCUGUCCUAGGUGGCUUCCUCUAUGCUGUAGGUGGAUCAGAUGGUACAUCGCCUCUCAAUACAGUUGAAAAGUACGAUCCUCGAACAAACAAGUGGACUCCGGUGGCACCGAUGGGUACGAAGCGCAAACAUCUAGGAUGUGCAGUCUACAAUGACAUGCUGUAUGCGGUGGGUGGAAGAGACGAACAGACUGAAUUGAGCAGUGCUGAGAGAUAUGAUCCUCUCUCCAACACGUGGAAACCUAUAGUCGCUAUGAACUCGAGACGGAGUGGGGUUGGACUUGCUGUAGUGAACGGUAGACUGAUGGCCGUGGGUGGGUUCGAUGGCACCACGUACCUCAAGACGGUAGAGGUCUACGACCCGGAUACCAAAUCAUGGCGUAUGUGCGGCAGCAUGAACUAUCGGCGAUUGGGAGGAGGUGUCGGGGUCGUCAAACUUCCUCAAUCGGAAUCCAAUGUUUGGUAGCACAGGACUAUUUCAGACUUUUUUUCUUCUUUUUUGUUUUUUCCAGAAUGUGUGUUAUAUGAGCUGUACGUUCAGUGUAAAUCAUGGCGUAUGUGCAAGCAAUGAACUAUCGCCGAUUGGGAGGAGGUGUCGGGGUCGUCAAACUUCCUCAAUCGGAAUCCAACGUUCGGUAGCACAGGACUUUUUCAGACUUUUUUUCUUUUUUUACCAGAAUGUGUGUUAUAUGAGCUGUAUGUUCAGUGCAGUUUAGCGCAGUAUUAUAGGGUGUAGGUAUUUCACAGAUCGUCUACUUGGAAGCAAAAGGAUGUUAGCUUAGUGAGUGGGAAAAUGACUUAAAGGGGAUGUAGCAUGGCAAAUACUGGUUAACGCCAUCUACGACUUCUUUUGGACAACUGCAUUUUAAUGAAUGGACUUAUGUUGUUCGCGAAACAGACCAAAAUAUCUCCACACGCUUCGGUUUCGCAUAUGGAACACGCACAUGAAUAUUGCGGUCGCGUCAUCCGUAGUCGUAUUAUACCCGAUUGGCUUCGAGUCAGGCCACGAUGGGAAAGACAAGUAGUCUCGUCAUGCUACACUCCCUUUAAUGUCCUUCUGGCCUCCGAGCUUAUGAUGUAUUUGUUGCAUUGGAGAUGUUACUCUUGGAUAUUGACCCAGUUCACCCCUCCUGGUGUAGCUGACUGAUUGAAGGAACCAUUUUUUAGCGACCGUAGAAGAAUUGCGCCUCCCAAGAGAAGAUGUACCUGACAAGUGUGUCAAGUCAAGUUGAUAGCCCUAGUAGAGCUCAGAUCAGAUCACCAAACUCGAAGGGAUAUGAUUAUUUGAAAGCCAUACUGUACUAGAAGCACGACUGCAAAAUCCCCUCUAGUGACAUCUCAGGUCAGCUGUAACAGUGUGGUUCCGUAAUUCGCUGCUUCCCUAGCUGCGCUUUUGGUUCUUGCAUUGAGUCCUACGUCUGCAAAGUGGGAAUUAGGUUUCGGGUCACGCACUGUUGGCAAGUUGACUAUGAAAUGGCACUGCAGUAAACUGUAUGCUAUGGCAGGAAGUUAAUCAGUUCAAUAUCUCUUUAAUCAGGGAUGCCAGUUUUCAGGCAAUAGCCUGAAUUCAGGCCCUGGCAAGUUAUUUUCAGACCAUAGUUUAGGCAUUUUUGUGUACAAAAUAGCUCAUUCUAGGUGAUUUUCAGGCCCUCUGAUCAAUACUAACUGGCAUCCCUGUUUAAUGCAUAUUCAUCUACCAUUAUACCUGGUAAUAUAUGUGGGUAAACACCUUAGAUUUGCCCUUAAAAGAAACACUGUUGAGUUACACUUUCAGUUGACAAUUACUGCUUUUCGAAACAGUUGAUCGUUGAAAGUGUUUGGUAUCAUCACAUUUUGUAGUAUUUUACUAACAACAAAUGCAGCAAACAUGAUUAGAUAUACACGCCUACAUGUUCAUGUCUAUGCAUUUAUCAAUGAACAUACAGGCACCUGUAUAUAUCAUGCCAUUCAUUGUGAGCACAGAUAAGAUGAUGCAUAGUAUUACUUUAAUUUAGGAAGCAUAGUAGAUAGAGAGCUUAGUGUACAUUACAAACCAUGUACAUACAAAUGAGAUAGAAAUUUACGUGUAAAUAUUGUGAAUAAAUCACUGGAAGAGUCAAUUGUAUUCAGUAUCAUAUUAACAAAGAAAAAGCAAGAAGAUUUGUACUGAAAACAGUAAAUAUUGUUUCUUUCUAAAACCGUAGACACUCUUGGUAGAUAAGUUGUUUUAUAAUUCACACUGCAAAUUUUUAAAGGGGUGUGUGUGAUAACGUUUCUGUAUUUUUGUUAUUGUUAUUGUUGUUGCCAUUGUCUCUCCAUACUCUCUCCUUUGUAGACUUUUCUUAUAUAACAUACACUUGCCCUGUAAGUUUUCCGAUAAAGGCAAAGCUUUUGUUUAAUAUUUAUGUUAUCAAAAAGCAUUUCAUUGACUUUUGCAGUAGUUUGUCUCUAAAAUCUAUGACAUUUAAACACUAAAGGGGAUUUUUAUUUGAUUUGAAUAGAUAAAUAAUAAUGAUAAUACACAAGAUUUAUAAAGCACCAUUAUCCAUUCUAACUUAAUGCUCAAGGCGCUGCUAUUAAAAGGAGAAGAUCUGUCAUAUUUGUCUGAACUUCAUAGAGGUCAGUACCUUGUGUAUGUGUUUAUACAAUUCCAUCUAUAAUAGUUUUGGAAAUGACUUACCAUGCAUAGAUGAAAUGAGCAAAAUCCACUGCAAAGUUUAAAUCCAGUUUUCUUGCUUUACCAAGUUUUGUUAAGACUUACAGCGUGUAGUCUAUUCUUAAGAAAACAAUUAUGAAUUUCUCUUAAAAUUUGCUAUUUCUGUGCUGCAAUGUGUAAUAGUGAAAUUAGAAAAGAAGAAGAAAACUUUUGUUUGGCCAUUCUUCUAGAAUUUUUUUUCCUGCUUUUUUGAGAAGGAUGAAUUAAUUUGGUUUUUGCUUGAUGUUUGGGACAGGAAAGUUUAGUAGAUCCUUGAUUUCUGCUUGUAAUGGAAUUUUUAAUAUCACCCAUACUACCAAUAUCAUACAACUAUUUUUUUUUAAUACCGAUACAUUGAUUUUGUUUCUUCUCAAGACUUGUCUUUAGCAUGUAGCAAAACAUGCAUUAAUUAGUAAGAGCAUGUUUGUUUAUUGUGCAAUAAUUCUACCUUAGUAAACCUAUCUUUCAUCGCUCACAUGUACCUGUACAUGUACCUGUAUAUUCAUAUAUU